AUGGCGCGCGGACGCGACGGCGACGCGCGCGCGCGCGCGCCGAGGACGACGGCGUGUCACGACGCGGCGCGCGCCGGGGAUCUCGGCGCGCUCGCGGCGGCGUUGGCGGAGGAUUCGGAAUGCGUGCGAGCGAUCGACGCGCAUCGACGAACGCCCCUGCAUCUGGCGGCGCACGCGAACGAGACGGCGGCGAUCGAGUUCUUGGUGCGACACGGGGCGAGGGUGAGCGCGGAGGCGAUGGAUGGGCGAACGGCGCUGCACUUUGCGUGCGCGAAAGGGAACGCGGAGGCGGCGCGGGCGUUGGUGCGACUCGGGGCGAACGCGAAGGGGAUGACGUAUAAGAGCGAGAACGCGCUGCAUUUGGCGUGCGGGAGUGAAAACGUGAGCGUUGGAUUGGUGUCGUUUUUGUUGCGGAAAAGGGUGAGCGCGCGGGCGGUGAGUAAGCGUGGGAGGACGCCGGCGGACUGCUUGAAGGACGACGCGCCGAUCGAAGUGAGAGAGGCGUUGGAGAAGGCUUUGAGCGAGGCCGAGAGCGAGGCGCGGGAGAAGGGGGGAGGGGGAGAUGAAGAGAAGGAGGAUGGGAACGACGGUGCGAUCGGGCCGAGCAUUGGACCGAGCAUUGGACCGAGCAUCGGGCCGAGCGUCGGACCGAGCGUCGAAAUCGGCCCGAGCGUAGGACCGGCGCCUCGACCGAGUGGCAAGGUAAACCGAGACGCGAUCGCGGACGUCGUGGAGAACGAGGACACGGAAUCGAAGCCGAAGAGACGUAAGGCUCCUAUUGGGGCGAUGUCGUUCGGAGAGGACGACGAGUAA